AAUACUCUAAACCCGAAUCUAAUGCACACCUAACAUCAAAUAUAACAUGAUUUCAUUGGAUUGACAUUGACACUGGAUUUCUUCACAUGCAUGUAAGUAUUGCCCAAGACUGACACUCUGCAGCAGGUUGCCAAACAGAUGUGAGAAAUGUUUCAUUUCCUGUAUUACGCCCCUUUAACUUUGCUUCCUUUCAGAUUAGUGCAAACUUUUCUGAGUGUGCAUUGCUGUAAUUUGGCGGUUGUAGCACAGUAUUCUCUGUUGCCUCUGUGGAGCUCACAGUUGAUGAUCCUAUGGAGGAUGUUCUUAUUGUCUUUCUGAUGCUGGCUAGAAUAAGCCACGCUUUCUUUCCGGUUGCUGACACCUCAUGCAGUGCCCUGCAGAACACAUCUGUAUGCUCUGUUUCUGCUGGUGGAUCGGUGUAUAUCCAGGUGAAGGUCAGUGGCAGCAGCCAUAAGCUGAGAUGUAUGAAACAGCUUCAAAGCAGAGCCAUAAAUGUGUUCACCGUGAAGAAAGGAAAGGUGGACAUAGCUGAGGCUUUGAGGAACAGAACUCAAUUCUUUGUCAACAACUCCACACUCAAGAUCACCAACGUGGACACCACUGAUUCUGGUCAGUACACCAUAGAGGACUUCAAUUCUGAUGGCAUCCUCUUGAGCAGUACGAGUGUGAAAUUGGAAGUUAAUGAGCACGGAACGUUCCUGUUCAUAGUGAAAUGUGCAUCACUGGUGGUCGUGGGGCUGCUGAUAGUACUGGUGGUGUCUUGCUGUGUUUACAGGAGAUGGAGACGUCGCCAGCAGAGAGGUGCUGAGCUGAAGGCCUCAAGAAUCAACAACAAAGAGGAAUUUUGGAUAAAUGGAUAAUUUAAUAAUAAUUUAUGAAUUGUAUUUUCAUCACACAAAACAUUGCAAUGUUUUUGCCAGCGAGACACUGAAUCACAGCAGAAAUUACGUGUUAUUUUGGCGGACCAUAGUAUGGCAGCUGCUGUAUUUGUGAUGUCACAGAGGUAAAGUUGCAUUAUUGAUCUCAUUGUGCUGAAUCCGAAUACAAGGAUGCCAGUUUUGUUUUAGUCUGUUGAUCAAAACAAAUACCAACAUCUCUCCCAUGCCAUCAUAACACCAAUGUAAAUUUGAACAUUUAUCUGUUGUUCAUUGUGUGUCCUUGCACUGAAACAUUUAUUGUUGAACUUGAGAGUGAAUGUAGCCUACAUUAUUAUUGUAUUGAGUUUUCUUUUUCAAAAAAGGUUACAGGAACAGUGUGUUUUUGUUGGUCACCUUCCCACCUACCUGUUCCAGGUUUGUGCAGAGUCUUAUGAGUCAUGUAUAUGUGUGUGCAUUUGGGUUGCAAUAUUUCAGUGAUUUUACUUUUCAUUGUAAAUUACUGUGCAGUUGCCAAAGUGGACAUAAAUGAUGCAAAUUUAAAGAGAGGC